AUGUCAGAUGAAUACAAUUACACCGAUCCAUUGAAUUUAUCUGUUGCCAUCUUAAUUUUGAUAAUUGGAAUAUUUGGAAUUACUUGUAAUUCUGCUAUUGUCUACAUUUUUUUGAAAGAAAAUUCCGAGAAAACUGCACUGAAUAUAAUUUGUUUCUUCCGUGCAGUAUCUAAUAUUAUCAUAUUGAUAAAUGCAUUCAUGAUUACAUUUUUACCAAAAAUUAUACUCGGAUUUUCUAUUUUCCCUUUAAUGAUAGAGUCAUGGCUUAUCAAUACAUCAACAACAUUAUAUCUUGGAAAUGAAUAUCAGAUAGUUUUGAUUGCUCUCAAUAGAUUCUGUGCUCUCUUUUUUCCUAUGAAGUAUUCCAAAAUUUUCUCAGUUUUCAAUACAACGGCUGUAUUGGCUUCGAUAUACAUUUAUAGAAUUGCAAAAAAAGUAUAUGACGUGAUACCUCAACAGGCAAAAAACUGUCAUGCACUCUUUUCCCCUGAAACUCUUUCCUGGUAUUACGAAGAUCCACCUCGUUGUAAUUGGGUCGAUGAUGCUCUUGAAGUGAUUAUUUAUACUUUUAUAGUUAUAUUAAUUUUAAACUCAAUUACUCUCAUUAAGAUAUUACACUUUUAUAAGGAUUCAUUAUAUUUGAUUGAUUUAACAUUUACUUUCAAAUUAAGCUCUUGGAGUGACCAUAGAGUUUGGACAUACAUAAGUGGAACAUUGAUAUGGGAGUGUUUGCAUUCUGUUGAUGGGUUUGUCAGACUAAUUUUCGUUUUCACUGCUUCGAAGUUCAGAUUCAUCAUGGUAAUAUUCAACGACCGACUAUCAUUUUUAAAAAAGAAACUAAUAAGCUCAUCAGCAGUUCCAAUCAUGACAGCCCCACAACUUCGAAGAGGAACUAUCUCUGUUGCAACGAAUAUUUCUUUAAAAUAA